AUGCCAAACCUUGUUGAUCUUCUUCAUAUGGUGAUCUCCACUUUCUUACAAUCCAUUAAAAGUACUAUUCUAUGGAGAAUCUUCAUUUCUACUAUUCUUAAAAUCACAAGCAAAUGGAAUAUUACUGUAAGAAACAAUAAAACCAAUAAGUCAUUCCCUCCAGGUCCAAAACCAUGGCCUAUAUUUGGCAGCCUUCCUGAAAUGCUCCUACACAAGAAGCCACCAUUUUAUUGGAUGCACAAAAUUAUGGAGGAAAUGAACACUGAAAUCGCUUGCAUUCGUCUUGGUAAUGUCCAUGUCAUUCCUGUAACUUCUCCUGACCUUGCUCGCGAGUUCUUGAAGAUUCAGGACUCUAACUUCUCUUCCAGGCCUAUUUACAUGUCAACGGACCUCGUUAGCAAUGGCUACUUGACCUCUGUUUUUCUCCCCAGUGGGGACCACUGGAUGAAAAUGAGAAGAAUUCUUGCUUCCCAUGUGCUAUCAGCAACAUCAUUUCAAUGGCUUCGUCGUAAAAGGGAUGAAGAAGCUGACCAUCUUCUUCGAUUCGUGUACAAUCAAUGCAUGAGCAACCAACCUGUCAUGAACUUGAGAAAAGUGACAAGAUAUUAUUGUGGGAAUGUUAUUAGGAAUAUGAUAUUCACCAAGAGAUUAUUCGGAAAAGAAGCUGAUGAACAAGUUGAUGCACUUUUCACACUUAUUGAAUAUCUUCAUUCUUUUAGUAUAUCAGAUUACUUACCAUGGUUAAGUUUCCUUGAUUUGGAUGGUCACAAGGCAAUUAUCAAGAAAGCCUAUGCCACAGCAAUAAAACACAUUGAUAUUGAAGUUGAUCAGAGGAUUCAGAUUUGGAAGGAUGGCAACAAAACUGUGGAAGAAGACAUCCUUGAUGUUCUUAUCACGCUCAAAGAUACAAAUGGGAAUCCAUUGAUGAAUGUUAAAGAGAUUAAAGCACAAGUCCUUGAACUCAUGUUGGCAACAGUGGAUAAUCCCUCAAAUGUAGUUGAAUGGACACUAGAGGAAAUGUUGAACCAACCAAAAUUAAUGCAAAGGGCCAUAGAAGAACUCAACAAUGUCAUUGGAGGCAAUAGAUUGGUUCAAGAAUCAGACUUGCCGGGGCUAAAUUAUGUCAAAGCCUGCAUAAAAGAGGCGUUUCGACUCCACCCCAUGUCCCCUUUUAAUGUUCCUCAUGUGUCUGUCUCCGAUACUAUCGUCGGUGAAAAAUACUUCAUCCCUAAAGGGAGCGUAGUGCUUUUAAGUCGUCUUGGACUUGGCCGGAAUCCUAGAGCUUGGGAGGAGCCAUUGAAGUUCAAGCCGGAGCGCCACCUCAAAGAGGAAGGCAGCGAAGUAGUUCUCAAUGAUUCAGAGUUGCGGUUAUUGUCAUUUAGUAUUGGAAGGCGAGGUUGUCCAGCUGUGAAACUUGGUUCUACAAUUACUAUUAUGUUACUUGCUAGGCUUCUUCAAGGGUUUACUUGGAGUUCACCAUCAAAUUCACCAUGCAAUGAGUUGAUUGAGUCGUCUAAGAGUGAUUUCUUUUGUACCUUACCACUUCUUGCUCAAGCAAAACCAAGAUUAACUAAGACCAUGUAUCUUUAA